AUGCUGGCCUGCCUGCAGAGGAGGCAGAACCCUCCAAUCCCAUCCUCCCAGUACCCCUUGUGCGUCAGCAAGGCCCUGGAGCCACCUCAAGCCCUCAGCCGAAAAUGUGAGCUGGUGGUUCCCAUGCAUUCUCCCCGCUACCCCAGUGUGGCUGAGCUGGAUGCCUACGCCCAGAAGAUGCAGAGCAGCCCGCUGUCCAUCAAGAUCUUCCCCACCAACAUCAGGGUCCCCCAGCACAAGCACCUUAACCGGACUGUGAAUGGCUUUGACACCACAGGUAGCCAGCGCUACAGCCCCUACCCACACCUCCACACCGGCGGCUACACAGGACUCCUGGCCAUUGUCAAUGCCUCCUCACCCUCCCCCUUCGGCCCCACUAAGGGCAUCAUCAAGAACUCGGAAGGCAGACGGACUAAGCUCUCCCCAGCCCAAAUAGCUGUGGCCCCGUACCCGCCCCCUAGCAGUAGCACUUUAGCCAAUGGCCACGGCCAGAUGGUGUACCACACGGGGUCCUCGAAGCCCCCUGAAGCCCCUGCCCUCUCCCGCUCGGUGCCCCCUAACGUCACUGUGGCCGGCUCUAUGAUCCCCGUGACAGGGGGGCGAGGCCUGGCCCAGCCCCUCUCCCAGUCCAAUCUUCCCUCCAUCCAGAGCAUCAUCUAUCAGAUAAACCAGCACUGCCAGGCCCAGGCUCUGCAGCAAGUGUGCCAGGGGGCCACCUCCUCCACCGCACCUUCCACCAACCCCAGCCCCUCCAAGCAGGGUGCGGGGGGUGUCAUGGGCAUCUCCUCUGGCUCCUCAGGGGGCGGCUAUGUGGGCAGCAUUGCGCCCCAGCCUAACCUGGUGUACACAGGAGCGGGGCUGCCGCUGGCGGCCCACAGUGGCGAGGCCAUGAAGGCCGGGGUGUACUCGGACAGUAUGGACUACAUCCUGUGGCAGAAACAGCAGCAGCAACAACAACAGGCUGUGCUUCGCAUGUACAGUGGGGGCAGUGGGGGAGGAGGGGCCAUCAGUAAGUCCCCUGAAAGUUGUGGUGCCCCGGGGGGAGGGGGGAUUAUGGCCAAGGCCCAGGUGUUGUCGUCGUCGUCCUCCUCCUCCUCCAGACCCUACCACCUGACGGGGGGCGUUGGCAGCGGGGGGUGCCUGGACAAGGUCAGCUCCUCCCCUCUGAACUGCAUGGGGAUGCAUGGCAACUUCUCUGUGGGCCAGUACUUUGCCCCGCCCUGGAACAGCGUGCUGGUCACCCCUGACAGUGACUGUUACAACCCCCACCAGGAGCUCCUGAGGACCACCACAGGAGGACCAGCUACGGGGGGCCACAGGGAGAUGGGCUACCACCACCACCCCCACCACCAUCACCACUACCCCGCCAUGGACAGCGGGAGUGGGGGAGGCCUGUGCUGCAGCCUGCCCAGUAAGAGCCAGCUGUGCAACACAUCGGUGCUGAGCAGCAGCCUGCAGUCUCUGGAGUACCUGGUCAACGACAUCCACCCACCCUGCAUUAAAGAGCAGAUGCUGGGCAAAGGCUACGAGACUGUGUCGGUGCCAAGGCUGUUGGACCACCAGCAUGCCCACAUCCGCCUCCCGAUUUACAGAUAG